AAAGUUCGAUAGUCGAGGGGACUAUCACAGACGAAACUUGUUGAAAGCGGAAAGUAAUUAUUUUUCUGUGAUCAAGUGAGCAACGUUGUACUCUGCCACGCUGGUUUUCGGUGUGUUUGUCGAGGCCGGUUGUGAGAUUUAAUGUAUUUAAUAUAUACCUUCUAGCAGCACAGAAAAUAUGGUGGGAACAUUGAUAAAGUCCCAUAAGUUUCGGAUGUCCCCGGAAAAGCAAGAGACACUCCUGAAACUAAGUAUACUGUCACUUGCUGCCAUUCUUUCAUUUGCAACACGCUUGUUCUCUGUUCUGAGGUUUGAAAGUGUGAUUCAUGAGUUUGAUCCAUACUUUAAUUAUCGCACAACCAAGUUCUUGGCAGAGGAAGGAUUUUAUAAUUUUCAUAACUGGUUUGAUGACAGAGCAUGGUAUCCUCUUGGAAGAAUUAUUGGAGGUACAAUUUACCCUGGACUUAUGGUGACGUCAGCCGUGCUGUACCACUUAGCUUGGCUUGUGAAUGUGACAAUAGACAUCAGAGAUGUGUGUGUGUUCCUGGCUCCUCUAUUCUCAAGUCUCACCACCAUCGUUACGUACCUUCUCACGAAAGAAUUGCGGGACUCUGCAUCAGGUCUGGUUGCUGCGUCAAUGAUCGCAAUCGUACCUGGUUACAUAUCUCGGUCAGUUGCGGGUUCCUAUGACAAUGAAGGAAUUGCUAUAUUCUGCAUGCUGCUAACGUACUACAUGUGGAUCAAGGCUGUAAAGACGGGCACUAUCUUCUGGUCGACUCUGGCUGCUCUUGCGUACUUUUAUAUGGUUUCGUCAUGGGGAGGAUAUGUGUUCCUGAUAAACUUGAUUCCGCUCCACGUGCUGACUCUCAUGGCCACGGGACGAUUCUCACAUCGCAUCUAUGUAGCUUACAGUACACUUUACUGUGUGGGUACUAUUUUGUCGAUGCAGAUCAGUUUUGUAGGAUUCCAGCCUGUCCAGAGCUCUGAGCAUAUGCUGGCACUUGGUGUGUUUGGACUCUGUCAGCUGCACAGUUUCGUGGAUUAUCUUCGUAGUCACAUGUCCAAGAAGGAUUUUGAAGUUCUGUUCAGCGCUGUGUUGAUUGCCACAGCAAGUAUUUCAGCAAUUGUAGGAGGGGCCCUUACCCUGACAGGGAAGAUCUCCCCAUGGACUGGACGUUUCUACUCCCUCUUGGAUCCGAGCUAUGCCAAGAACCACAUUCCGAUCAUCGCGUCUGUUUCCGAGCAUCAGCCCACAUCUUGGUCGUCUUUCUACUUUGACCUCCAGAUUCUAGUGUUCUUGUUUCCAGCCGGACUGUACUUCUGUUUCUCCAAGCUGUCCGACGCAAACAUAUUCCUCAUACUGUACGGUGUCACCAGCAUCUACUUUGCUGGUGUGAUGGUGCGUCUUAUGCUCGUACUCGCUCCUGUCAUGUGCAUCCUCUCUGGCAUAGCUGUGUCGGCCAUGUUGGUGACGUACAUGAAGCAGGUUGAUUCGACAAAGAAUGUGGACAAGAAAACCAGGAAGUUUGAGAGUAAUUUUAUUAUGAAGAGUGAGAUUGCAACAAUGUUUGUUGGAGUGAUGUGUUUCAUGCUGCUGUCCUAUACGUUUCAUUGUACGUGGGUUACGUCAGAAGCUUACAGCAGCCCUAGCAUCGUGCUGUCGGCACGAUCUCAAGAUGGUUCUCGCAUCAUCUUUGAUGACUUCAGAGAGGCAUAUUACUGGCUGCGGAUGAAUACACCAGAGGAUUCUAAGGUUAUGUCUUGGUGGGAUUAUGGUUACCAGAUAACGGCGAUGGCGAAUCGAACGAUCCUCGUUGACAACAACACCUGGAACAACACGCACAUAUCGAGGGUUGGCCAGGCCAUGGCAUCGACUGAGGAUCGUGCGUAUGAAAUCAUGAGGGAAUUGGAUGUUGAUUACGUUCUUGUUAUCUUUGGCGGACUUACUGGUUACUCCUCUGACGAUAUCAAUAAGUUCCUGUGGAUGGUUCGCAUCGGUGGAAGCACAGAACGAGGAAGCCAUAUCAAGGAGUAUGAUUAUUAUUCUUCCUCCGCGGAGUUCCGCGUGGACAAGGAGGGUUCGCCAGCACUCCUCAAUUGCCUUAUGUAUAAGAUGUGCUAUUAUCGUUUUGGGCAGGUCUAUACCGAAGGAGGAAAACCUCCAGGUUUUGACCGAGUUCGGAAUGCUGAGAUCGGCAAUAAGGAUUUUGAACUAGACGUCUUAGAAGAGGCUUUCACCUCAGAACAUUGGCUGGUUCGCAUAUACAAGGUAAAAGAUUUGCGAAACAGAGGGGUGUGAUUGAAGUUUCUGCCAGCAGCGACACAGUUGAUGAACUCGAUAUUCAGGUGGGCUUAAUACAUUGCAGGUACGUACUGUGCAUUUUGCUGUUCUCAAGUUUGCAGGAUGUGUUUUUCGGUGACAUUCAGAAUGACUGGUAACAUCGCCACAGAAGCGCGGUUGACGAAAAUGAAGAAGUGCGCAAGAGUUGUGGGACAUGGCUGUUAAGUAUUGUAAUAUAGUAUGCAUGUGCCAAUAUUAAAAUAUUAAAUAGCAUAGCAUACAAGUGAAUUUUAAUGCAUUUUUUUUUAAGAAAAAAGAUUGUAAUUUUACAAAAUAUUGUGUUUGGUGGGGCUUGGUGAGUGUUGGGUAAGGCAAGACUGUCAUUCACGGAGCCCCGAAUUCAGUCUCGUAUCAUUUUGACAAUCUAUAAGAGGCACCGAGGUAUUCUGUAGUGUCGUAAAACUAUUUUUCCUUUAAAGAGAAAGGCGCAUAACCUCCUUCAAGUUCACUGCAACGCUACAUCACUUGUUACCACUGAACAUGUAUCCACUCUCAGGUUAUUCAGAAUAUGUUUAUAUCGCGUACAAGUGUGGAAUAAUUUCCGAUGUAAAGCCGUCUUAAAUAUGGUUUUCCUCUAUUCUAAGCUGCUUCAAGAUGCAGCUUCGGCGUGUUGUGUCAUAAAAGAUGCUUAGUGCCGUUCUGAUAAAUAGCUACGUCAUUUCUUUGUGGGUAAAUUUUUGAGCCAAUUAAGGUUAAUGUGCAAGCGCCAUAAUUAAUAUAAUGGAACAAGGUGAAAUUGUGUUAUGAAAAAAAUCAAAACUUUGUCCAAAUGAGUGUUUUUUAUACUGUGUGUACAGUAAUUGAAAUAAUGACAUUAAUUCAUGACACUUGUGCAGUAUGAUGAAAAACAAUUGCAGUUCAUAAAAGUGUGUUUUAAAGAGAAAAUGAGUGUAAUUAUAGGAAGACGUAUUUCACAUGACAUUAGAAUGUACCUAAUUGCAUGCAGGCAUUUUGUUGUUUCCUUGCGCAUUUAUAAUUAGUCCAUUUACAUUUUGUUUAUAUUCGUGCUUCAGAUUAUUUUUGCACGCUGUAAAAUCCUUUUGUGUAAGGAACGUUUCUUUGGGGCCGAGUCUUGAUGCGUUUGGAGUUUGCCAGGUUCUGGAAAGUCUUCUUAGUUCACAUAUAAAAGAUAUUGGACUUUUGCUAGUUGUGCAAGGGUAUAUCAUAUUAUAUCAAACAUAUUGUCAUUUGUAUGGGAAAGGGGACUGCUUAUGUUUUUGUUCAUUUUUUGCUAGUUUUCAUAUAAAGGAAUCAACUGUUUUGUUUAUUAUUGGUGUGUAUGAAACUGUGAGUAUGUCACAAGGUUUGAUUGUCAUAUAAAAAAGUACGUAUUUGCAC